GAAAGCAAGCAAGAUGGCAGCCAAGCCCUUACCUGAUUCUCCAUCUUGGAUGAGCUGGAGGACCCUGCUGUUCCUCAUCGCAGCAGCCUUCUUGGUGGGCUUCGGACAGAGCUGCCCAUCCAAGUGUGUCUGUCCUGCCCAUAACACCGCUGUCUUCUGCAACAGCCGGAAUCUGACCACCGUUCCUGGAAGGAUCCCUCCAGAUUCUGAGUUCUUGGACCUGAGUCGCAACUCCCUCCACACCUUGAGGGAGGGCAUGUUCUCCCGCCUCUGGGUCCUGAAGGAGCUGGACCUCAGCCACAACAUGAUCUCCAAUAUCGAAGAGCAGACCUUCAAUUGCCUGCGGAACUUGAUGACCCUCCGGUUGAAAGGGAACCGGUUGGACAUGGUCCCGGAGGGUGUCUUCACAGGGCUACCCAACCUCUCCAUCCUGGACAUCAGCGAAAACCGGAUCCUUGUUUUCCUGGACCACUCCUUCAGGGAUCUCUCCAACCUCAGGAAGCUGGAGACAGGGGACAACCACCUGGUCUUCAUCUCCAGCCAAGCAUUCAGCGGCCUUUGGAGCCUCCAGCAGCUGACGCUGGAGAAAUGCAAUAUCACUAGCGUCCCGACCGAGGCCCUCUCCCAUCUCCGCCAACUUGUGGAGCUCCGGCUCAAAGUCUUGAAUGUCACCGUCAUCCCCAACUAUGCUUUCCAAACACUGCAUCACCUCAAGGAUCUAGAAAUCCAUCGGUGGCCUUUCCUGACCUCACUGCAGUCCGAGAGUCUCUCCGGCCUGAACAUCACCUCCUUGUCUAUCACCAAGUGCAACCUACGUGACGUUCCUUACAAAGCCAUCAAGCACUUGGCUCAUCUCCGUUUCCUCGAUCUCUCAUACAACCCCAUCUCUGUGAUCCAAGGGAAGCGGCUGGUUGAUCUGUCCCGUCUUCAGGAGUUCCACCUCACGGGUGGACAACUGGCCACCAUACAGGCCCAUGCCUUUCAGGGCCUGGUCCACUUUCGUCUCCUCAAUGUCUCCAGCAAUGACUUGCAGACCCUCGAGGAGAAGGUCUUCCACUCAGUGGGGAACCUAGAGGUCCUCCGAUUAGACCGGAACCCCCUGGCUUGUGAUUGCCGCCUCCUCUGGAUCGUUCGGAGAAGGAGGAGGCUCAAUUUUGAGUCCCGGCAGCCGAUCUGUUCUACCAACUCCACCAGGAAAGGAAAGACCUUCCAUAAAAUCUCAGAGGUCCCACCCGGUCACUUCAGGUGUAGGAAGCCAAAGAUUGUGGACAAGGCUCUCCAGAAAGUGAACGUUGAGGAAGGUGGCCAAGCCAACUUGACUUGCAAAAGCGAGGGAGAUCCACCUCCUGUGGUUUCGUGGGUCUCCCCUCAAAACGUGACAUUGGACAUUGGCCGCAGAGGCCGGAUGCUGGUCCUUCCUGAUGGUUCCUUGAAGAUCCAUUAUGCCUUGCUUGGAGACAGUGGGUCGUACCACUGCAUCGCCAGCAACGCUGCAGGCAUCGACAUGAUGGAGGCCUACCUCCAUGUCUCUAUACCUCUUUUCAACAACUCUGCAUUCGCAAACAACGCCAGCUUACUCAGCGAUCCGGGCAACCAGCUCCCCUUCCUGGUGGACCUCGGGACCUUGGUGGGCAUCUUGGUCAUUGGGGUGGUACCCUUCCUGUGCUCAGUCAUGAUUUGCUUCAUCUUUAUCUUUCUCUGGAGUAAAGGCAGAGGGAACGCCAAGCACCACGUGAUUGAAUCGGUGCCCCGUUUCCCCCGUGGGUACAAGGCCAUCACUAACAAAAACAGAACCCCAACUAAAAAACCCAGAUGAGAUGAGUCCUUGGCUUCCUUCUCCUUGCAGUUUUGGGACGGUGAGAUGUCUUCUUAGGCCUCGAUCCAAUCGUUAGUCCUAACUAGCGUACACCCAUUUGGUCCACUCUAGUUGGAAUUACGGAAUUGGUGGGCCUAACUCUGCAUAAGCAUUGAUUUACCAUUGUAGUUGGGAUGGACUACAGAAUUAGUGAGUCAACUUUAUUUGAGACUAUGGAUUCAGUGGAUCUAACUCUACAUAAGAUUUGACUUAUCAUGUUCCAUUGAUUCAGUUACUCUAACUGGGAUUUACUAUGGGUUAGAUGAGUCUACUUGAGAGUGUGGAGUCAAUGAGUCUAACUAAACAUAUGAGUUGACUUUCUAAUCCUUGAUUCUACUCUAAUUGGGACUUACUACUGAAUUAAUGGGUUUGCUGUAGACAAUCAACUAUUUGAGUCCAACGCAACCUAAGAGUUGACUUAUCAUGUUCCCAUUA